AUGCCACCAAAAAGACGUGCUAAGAAGGCAACUAAAGCACCUGCUACUACCAAACGUAAAGCGUCUCCUGCUAAAACUGCUCCUACAUCAAAAAGAGCCAAGAAAACAAUACCAAUUGAAGAAGAAGAGGACGAAGAAGUAGUAGAAGAAGAAACAACUGUAGCCGAAGAAGAAGAAGAAGCUGAAGAAGAAGCUGUUUCAUCUAAAACUGAUAUAAUAAAACAAUUACGUGCUGCUGACGCCAGCAAAUCAAAACCAAAGAAACAUUUACCAGAUAAAAACAUACCCAAUGCAGACAGUUAUCAAGUUUUGGACGAUUAUGAUGCUAUGCUUAAUCAAACAAAUAUUGGAGCAAAUAACAAUAAAUUUUAUGUAAUUCAAGCAUUAACACAAGCUAGCAAGUAUUAUACAUGGACUCGAUGGGGUCGUGUAGGUGAAUCUGGUAACAGUCAAAUAUUUGGCCCAUUUGCAUCAAGCGAUAAAGCUAUUCAACAAUUCAAGAGUAAAUUCAAAGAUAAAACUAAAAAUGGGUGGGAUAAUCGCAGUGAUUUUAAAAAAGUUGCGGGUAAAUAUGAUUUGAUUGAUGUGGCUGGCGAUGGUGACGAUGAAGAUGAUCAAGAAAAAGCACCGACCAGUAAAUCUACAACAGUUGAGGGUAAAGAUGGAACAGUAUAUGCAGCCAGUAAACUUGAUAAUGCCACACAAUCGUUAAUUCGACUGAUUUUUGAUACGGACAUGUUCAAAGACGCAUUAAAAACAUAUGAUAUUGAUGUUAAAAAAAUGCCAUUAGGAAAAUUAAGUAAAAGUCAAAUUGCUAAAGGCUUUGAAAUCUUAGAAGAACUUGAAGCUGUUAUGGAAAAUAAAAAGAAAGGUACAUAUGAUGAAAUAUCAUCAAGAUUUUAUACGACCAUCCCUCAUGAUUUUGGACGAACAAGACCUCAACCAAUUAAUACUCGUGAAGGUUUACAGAAAAAAUAUGAUAUGCUUGCAGUUCUAGCUGAUAUUGAGUUAGCUCAAAGUAUGCAAAAAGAUAAAGGUGACGAGGGAGCAACGAAGAAAAAAGUUGAGGAUGCUAAACCUCAUCCAUACGAUGUUAAUUAUGGUUUACUCAAAUGUUCACUCGAUCAUGUUGAUGUUGAAAGUGAAGAAUUUAAAAUUAUUGAAAAAUUUACAGUAAAUACACAAGGAUAUCGUAAAUGCAAAAUUAUGGAUGUAUGGCGGGUUGGUCGUGAUGGAGACGAAGAACGUUUUUCAGCACAUGAUAAAGUCGAUAAUCGGAAAUUACUAUGGCAUGGUACAAGCGUUGCUGUUGUUGUUGCUAUACUUAAAUCUGGCCUUCGUAUUAUGCCACAUUCAGGUGGUCGAGUUGGUAAAGGAAUUUAUUUUGCUUCAGAAAAUGGCAAAAGUAGUGGAUAUGUUGGUACAACCAAUGAUGUGGGCAAACAAAUUGGCAUUAUGUUCUUGAAUGAGGUUGCUUUGGGUAAAGAACAUUCCAUCACCGUUGACGAUUCAUCAUUAAAAAAACCACCAGCGAAUUUCGAUUCUGUUGUUGCUCGUGGUCAAACAGAACCAGAUCCAAAAGAAGAUACAUCAAUAACAAUCGAUGGUAAAAAAGUUACCGUACCAGCUGGUAAACCAAUUCGAACAACAUAUACAUCAUCAAGUUUUGCACAAUCAGAAUACUUAGUGUACAAAGAAAAUCAAUGUCGAAUCCGACAUGUAUUUCUUUUUGAUGUUGUAUGUAUUCGUUUUACUACUCAAUAUUCUUGA